AUGAUUGCUGCAGCUGAAGAUGCUAUGGCCAACCAGCAGAAGACUCAGGUGAAGGGCCCUCCCAAGCUCAUUCAGCCACACAUGGUUGCCAGCAAAAAGAGCACCAAUCUGGCAAAUGCGGAUGCACAACCUGCAGUUAUAGCAGUUCAAUCAACUGCAGCUCCUGAAGAUGACAGUCAGGCUAGUCAACCAGUAAAGAAGAAGUGUGCUGCCUUGAAGUUAAACUUUCAGGACAGCGUGAACGCCAAUCGCAAGGUGUCCAAUGGUGGAGUCACAAUCAUCACUGGUGACAGUGACACACAUGUUGGAAGUACAACAAUUGGCGAUGGGAAAAUCAAAACAUCCACCAAUCCCAGGCAGGUGAUAAGUUCCAACCUCGAAGGGCCCAUUCCCAACUGGGUGGACAAAGUUGCAUCACAAACUCAGCUGAAGCCAAGCACGCCACCAAGUGCACAAACCUCUGUCAGGACAGGACAAAUUGCAGAGUCUGAUGUGGAUCUUGAUGAUGAACCUGAAGAGUACAGUGAGCCGGCACCAAAAUCAUAUGGGGGAAAGUCUUCUGCAGAUGAACUUGAGGUCCUAAACACCAUAGAAGUACUUGAGAUCCUGGAGGACCCGGAGGCUGCUGAAGAAUUUGAGAUGGUUGAGGACAGGGAGUCUGCUGAAGAGGGCGAUGAGAGCGAUACAGCAAUGAUGAUGUUAGUUGAUGUCUCAGAGCAGAAGACCGCAACAAAACAGGGCAAGGGCAAUACCAAGGUCAAGGCCGAGGUCAAGACCGAGGUUGUAGCCUCGGAAAAUAUUCGCGCAAAGAUCAAGAAAGGAAAGGCAAGAAAUGAGCACUUACCCAGUGGAGUCCUCAAGAAUGGAUUAUGGCGCAUGAGGUUCCCUCCCUGUCUGAUGUAUUGGAUUGGUAACAGCGACUAUGGAUGGACUGUACCAGAAACCGAACUUGGGUCUGUUCUUGAGCAAAUAUAUUACACGGUGUACCCACACAAACUCGGAGGGUGUGAUUUUGAUGUCGAGGAAUUGGCAUUUCAACUGGUCAGCCAAAGGGUCCACAAGUGGUGGGCUUCAUUCGGUUCAACAGCCAACAGUGUUUUGAUAGCUUUUUUCGCUUCGACACCCAAGUAUAAGACUCAGGAAGCCCAUGAGGAAUACACUGAGGAAAAACUCAAAGAAUGCCACUUUGUAUAUGAAGAUCCUGAGAACGAAGAGCAACCAGGUGCAUUCUUGUCAGAGUACAUAUUGCGCAUUUUUGCUUCCCACCUCACUGCGAUCGCUGGGCAAGUGAGGGUGGAUUCAUUGGUUGAAUUUGGCAAGCCUGGGUAUCAGACUGCGCUGGUGCUGUCAGCAGUGGCAGCCCAGUGCACUCUCAUCUUGGUUAAAAAUCGCUUACUGGUUGAUAGCAAUCCCUCCGACAACAGCGGCAAAAACCACAAGAUUAUCCAGAUACUUAAUGAGGCGACUAAUAAGAUGAGUCAUACUGGAACAGCAUUUUCAUCUGGAAAUUGGGAGAUGGACACCAUGGUGUACAUGGAUAGUACCAAGGAUCUGCCUUACAAACGUAUCCAGGAGAUUCUCACUUGGGCAGAAGAAUACAUGAAGCACCCACGUAACAAUCGCCACAGCACAGCGGAUGAACCUUAUGGUUCCAGCGCUUCAAUCACUCCAGUCAACAAACACUCCCGCCUUCAGGAUGCAUCGUUUUUUGAGUAA